AUGCUGAUUGUCAUGGACCUGGAAGUGAGUCAGCCCCAGAAGUACGUGGGGUUCGACACCAUCACCACCCAGAUCGAAAACCGCUUGCUCAAACGCGGGUUUCAGUUUAACAUUAUGUGUGUGGGGCGGCUGGGGCUCGGCAAGCUGACGUUGGUCAACACGUUGUUCUCGCUGAAACUCGCCGAAUCGAGCGGCCGCAAGCUGUGUGAGGCCCCCAUCGAGAAGACGACCGAGAUCAGCGUGUCGUCGCACGUCCUCGUCGAAAACAACGUCAGAUUGCACAUCAACGUCAUCGACACCCCGGGGUUCGCCGACCAGAUCAACAACGAGAAGUGCUGGGAGCCGUUGGUGAAGUACAUCAAGGAACAGCACUCGCAGUACUUGCGCAAGGAGUUGACGGCGACGCGAGAACGGUUCAUCCCCGACACGCGGGUCCACUGUAUUCUCUACUUCAUCCUGCCCAACAUCAAGAAGUUGCUGCCCCUCGACGUCACCGCCCUCAAGAAGUUGUCGGAGAUUGCCAAUGUGGUCCCGGUGAUCGCGAAGCUGGACUCGUUGACCCUUGAGGAACGCGCCGAGUUCAAGAAGUUGUUGCAGCACGAGUUCAUGAAGCACCAAUUCAACAUCUACCCUUAUGACCUGGAAGACCUUUACGAAGAAGAACGCCAGUUGAACGCCGAUAUCACCUCGCUCAUCCCCUUCGCCAUCGCUGGGUCUGAGAAGGAAAUCAACAUCAACGGCGAGAUGGUUCGCGGCAGAAAGACCCGCUGGGGGGCCAUUAACAUCGAAGAUGUGUCCCAAUGUGAAUUCGUGUUCUUGAGAGACUUUUUGACGAGAACCCACUUGCAAGAUUUGAUUGAAACGACGGCAUUGGUCCACUACGAAACCUUCAGAUCGAAGCAGUUGAUCGCGUUGAAGGAAAACGCGUCUCGUCCGCAAUAG